AUGGCUCUCUUAUAUUGGUUGUGUGAGCACACACUGAUCAUCCACCCUGAAGUUAGCGAAACAUGCCCAAGGGUGAUCAAGUGGAAUCUUAUCAAAUUACAUAAACGUAUGAAAGUCAUAUCACUACAUCAGCUGACAAGAAGACAGGUAACUAGUGCUCAAUUGAACGAGGAAAAUGAUGAAGAACUUGAUGACACUGAAGAAAAAGAAAAAGAAGAUGCUGAAAAUACUGAAGAUGAAAAACAAGAAGAUGCUGAAGAACAAGAACAAGAACAACAAAAACAAGAUGCUGAAAAUACUGAACAAGAAGAAGAUUCUGAAGAAGAAGAUGAACAAAUUCAUCAACAAACACUUGAGAAACUUCAAACUGAGAACAACAAUUUGCAACUAGAUAGCACAGUGAAGACCAUCUACAUAAAUAAACUUGAAGAGGAUAACAGGCUACUCACAGCACAAAUACAACAAUUGAAAGAUGAAAAUUCUCGAUUACAUAACCAAUUGGUUGAAAAAGAGGUCCAUGAGAUAACCCAAGAAGUUUGUGGAGUAAAACAUUCUGGGACAGAUACAAAGAAUGAAUGUCAUACAAUAAACAACGAAAAUUCUCAAGUGCUGCAGAAAGAGGUCCAUGAAAAUUCUGAAGUGGUGGACAAAGAGCUCCAUCAGAAAGAGGUCCAUGAGAUAACGCAACAACCUUUUGCAACAAAACAUUGUGAGACAAAUACAAAUGUGAAAGAUUGUCAAAAUUCUCAGUUGCAGAAUCAGUUAGUGGAGGAAGAAGUCCAUGACUUAACCCAACAAUGCUUGUAUAUGUUUGGCGUAAGAUAUGACAAUUGUGUGUUUAUUAAUGAUAUCAAGAACUUGACAAUUGAUGCAUAUGCUGAGAUUCUUGAAAAAGAACCACAAGCACAGAAUUCUGGUGAUGGAGCAGAGCACAAUGGCAAGUCUUUCAUAUUGUCAAGUCUAUAUUGGAUUUCAAAACAAUUUGAGUGA